GUCUGAGCCCAGAGCUGCCUCAAAGUGACCACGGACCAAGCAGUGUGUCAUGAAUAAACAAGGCCACCUUCACUCCUCCAGAAAAGAAGAAACGCUCCUCUGAAAUCCGUCACCUUUUGGGAGUCUUCAAAGUAACCAAGGAUUGAAAAGAGCUGGUUUCCAGGCCCCUGCCUUCCUGUCCAAAGCAGACAGAGUGCAUGAGCGCCUCUCGACUAUGUCCGACAUGUCCUCCCGUGACUCCUUCUACGACUCCCUGUCGGACGUGGCGGAAGAUGGCGAGAACGCAGACUUCUUGCCAGGCCUGUCGGCCUUCCUCAGCCAGGAGGAGAUAAACAAGAGUCUGGACCUGGCCCGCAGAGCCAUAGCCAACUCAGAGACGGAGGACUGCGACUCGGAAAGGGAGGACUCACAGAUUUUCAGCCCCUCUCCUGGGAGCCUCUGGGGGUCGCCUCCCCCUCAGGGGGCCAGGCCGGGUGAGCACCUGUCCCCAGGGACGCCUGGCGCACACAAGCCCACACCUGUCCCGCCGCUGCCAGCAGAACGAGCCGAGCGCAUCUCCUCGCCUGCAUCCAGGAGGAAGCCCGGCGUCUCGCCCCUGCUGGCCCGGCCCAGCUACAUCCGGAGUCUCCGCAGGGCAGGGAAACACGGUGCCAAAGCCCCCAGCGCCAGUGCCAAGCCCAGAGCCACGCACGGGGGCAGGGCCGGGCCCCAGAGCCCGCUGUGCAACAAGGCGGCCACCCUCAUCGAGGAGCUGACGACCAUCUUCAGAGAAACCUCCAAGCCGAGAACCAGGAACCCCAACGGGGAGUCCUCAUCCCCGGACAGCGGGUACCUGUCCCCUAAGAACCAGCUGUCAGCCCCGAUGAGCGCCUCGGCCAGCCGGAGCCCAACCGGGGACCAGCAGGAGGUGGAAGCCGGGGCCGAGCCCCUGGAGCCCGGGCAUCACCCCGCGGCGGCCCGGGACGUGGUCCAGCCGAGCCGGAGCCCCUCUCCCCCGGCUGCCCGCCACCUGCUGGCCGCUCCCCGGUUCAUCCAGAAGCUGCGGAGCCAAGAGGUGGCAGAAGGAAGUCGGGUGUACCUCGAGUGCAGAGUCGCCGGGAACCCACCUCCUCGGGUCAGAUGGUUCUGUGAGGGAAUCGAGCUGCACGACAGUCCCGACAUCCAGAUCCGCUGGGACGGGGGCGACCUGCACACGCUGGUCAUAGCCGAGGCCUUUGAGGACGACACAGGGCGCUACACCUGCCUGGCCGCGAACCCCGGUGGCUCUGACACCACAUCGGCCGAGGUGUUCAUUGAAGGUGCCAGUUCAACAGAUUCUGACAGUGAAAGUUUAGCGUUCAAAUCAAAACCUGGAGCCAUGCCACAGGCUCAGAAGAAAACAACUUCCGUUUCCUUGACGAUAGGAUCAUCAUCUCCAAAGACAGGGGUGACCACAGCUGUGAUUCAGCCACUGUCUGUCCCUGUUCAACAGGCUCCCAGCCCCACCUCGUGCCUCUGCCGGCCAGAUGGACCCACAGCCGCCUGCUUCCCGCCUGUUUUCACCAAGGAGCUGCAAAGCAUCUCAGCCUCCAAGGGACAGGCAGCCGUGCUGGAGUGCCGGGUCCGAGGCACGCCCCCACUGCAGGUCCAGUGGUUCCGACAAGGCAGUGAAAUCCAGGACUCUCCAGACUUCCGGAUCCUCCAGAAAAAACCUCGAUCCACAGCUGAACCUGAGGAGAUCUGCACCCUCGUUAUAGCAGAGACGUUCCCCGAGGAUGCUGGGAUCUUCACGUGCUCGGCGAGCAAUGAUUACGGGUCAGCGACCAGCACUGCCCAGCUGGUGGUCACCUCAGCCAACAUGGACACCUGCAGCUACGACUCAGCCGGAGAGGCCAGCAGUGGCCGCUUCCAGCCCUCCCCGCUGCCCCCUCCAAUCUGGGACACCGGCUCUUUCGAGUUGGCUUCACAGAAACCAGCUGAGAUCCAGCACGUGACCGGCCCCGUGUUCGGGCUGAGCCCGACGGCCCUUCAGUUCAAUUCCGCCGCGGAGCGGGAAACCAACGGCGUCCACCCGGGCCACGGAGUGAAUGGAGUGAUGAACGGCAGAGCUGAUGGCAGCAAAGCUCUUCCCAGCGCAGCCGUCCUGCUGUCACCCACAAAGGAGCCCCCCCCUCUGCUUGCCAAACCGAAACUGUGAGUACUCCCGUACGGCUUGAUCACACUGUGGUACUUGCGCUGAAUUGCCUCUGUUGCCCGGGAAACCGUUUUGCCUCGGCUCCACCACGGGGCAAGGGGCCCCUCCUGCAGGCGCGUUGUCCCAGGCUGGUGUGACCUUGCUACCAAGUGGGGUCCUUCAAAAAUAUAAAUG